AUGCUUGCAAUCACUAAAAGAGGAGUCUUUUUGCUGCUCUCAUCUUUAACCCUGCUACACCUUACUUUGGCCGCAGCAUCUCCAAGCGACAUUGCAAACGCCGUCAACAGUCUUGCAUCGGAAACAUUUAGUCUUAAAGACUACGUUUCUUCCGUGGCAACGUCUUCCAACUCCGGCGGGAUUCAGAGUAUUUACGACCAGCUUGACGAUAUUCACGAUCAUACCCUAAGCGAUAUUGGGUUUACAUCUGGGACUCCCGUCAUUCAGGAUACCAAUGAUCAGCAAGUUGUGUACGAAAGCUACUCGAACUGGGUUCAAUCUCUCUUCGAACUCACGGACAACCUCACCGGUAACGCGGCAGCUCUCAUUUCCCUCGACCAAGAAGUAUCUACCAGGAUGCCAUUCGAAAUCAGAAUAUUUUCAGGGGUUGUCGAUGCUUAUUUGUUUAAUUUGAUUGGUCUGUGGCCAACCACUACAGCAUACGUUGCUCAGGCGAGCAACCAGAAAAACCAAGUUGACGACCAUUUUCAAAAAGCUCUGAAUGCGUACCCUGCAACUGGGUCUGGAAAUUUCAAUUGA